AUGGUGUCAGCAGCAAGGCUAUCGCCGACAGCAAAGCUGCUGCGGAACUCUCGUCUCUUUGCACUUCCGCAGGCUCUUACCCCUGUGGCGCCGCCUACCUCGAGAAGUUAUGCCGAAUCCGACAGCGCAACCCUCCCUCACCCCAUCCGAGCAUCCAUCGUCACACCGGCUGCGUCGUUAUCCAGAGGAGAUUGGGGUCUCAAGAGACCACUUCCUGCUAAGUCGACAUCCGAAAAGACUUCGAGGCCUGUCGUGAGGAUCAAUGAGUUGGAUACCUUCGAACAUGUCACAGACUUCGAUUCCGCAUCGGACCACACGGUGACCUUGGAGAAGUUCCAAGAACUCAAUAUGCCGAUUUCUGUCCUUACAAAGAUCAACUUCGGGGGAAGCUUAUUACCGAAACAUCAGAGUGUCUUUGAACAGGACGUCGACAACACGGAGGCGAGCGAGAAUCUCAACCAACCCGACAUGAAACGAUUCAGACAUACUGGUCCCUGGCUUGCAGGUCUCACGGAUGCGGAGUUCGCUGCUUUUCUGAAAAAGGUACAGAAGAAGAAGCCUCAACUGCUGUCCCAACUUGAAGAGCGCUUCUUCGAGAAACGAUUCGCCGAGAUCAAGAACGAGGCUCAAGACAAGGGCGAAGAUUUGGACAAUUUGCCGGCGCCUACUCGGGAAGAAUUCGACAACUACCUAAAGAAACUACGUACGGAUCCAUUUGCGCUAGGUCCUGUGGUAUAUGAUCUGUUGGAUCUUCCUGCCACUGCUCCGGUGCCCGCUGAGCGGAUGGCCAAGAAGUACUACCAGACUCCCCCGACUAAAAUGGCUUCUCCGGAGUACGCGACCGCCGGGCCUCCCAUAACGCAUCCUUCAGCUGGCCUGUAUUAUGCUAGGUCGCAUGCUUCGCUUUACAAUCACCCGACGUAUGGUCCUCAGGCGAACCAACGGCCAGUCGAGGCACGUAUUUUGAGACCUAGGGGCAAAGUCAAGAACAGGGGUGGCAGGGCCGUCAUCGGUAUCGGUGGUAUUGCGCUAGACGACAUGACUUCUUUGACCUUCUCGGAAUCAUAUGGCCCCGCAGGUCUGUCGGCCUUCGACCCAUCCUUACCCGGUGGUGCCAAGUAUUAUGUCACACCUGGCAGAGCCUUCAUCAGCUCGACUGGGCGAAUCAUUCUUACAAGCUCCCGCGCUACCACGAACUCUAAGGCACCAUACGGAUUGCAAGAUUACAGAAGUAGCACCUCCCCACCUCGACGAUACACCUCGGCUGAGCACAAGCGCGCCGGCAGUCGGAAUGUCGAUAGGUUGGACCAGCCUCGCGUUCGCGCGCGGCCUGCUCCGGGCGUCGCGCAACAGGAUAGAUCCUCUCGGGACGUUGCAAAUAGCGUUAUGAGGGGUCUCCAGUCUCGAUAA